AUGCCUACUGCUCGAAUACUACGUCCCGCAGCCCGACAUGGCUGUCUGCGGCUCCCACACAGUGCCCUUCUUACACGCCGGCACAUCACGACUCCCAUCACCACCAGCCCCCUCAAUCUCACUCUCGCUAACCCGUACCUGGACCUCACACCGCAUUCCCACGCCCCCCUUCCGGCACCAUCCUCACUCACCAUCUUCCCCAACUUCCUCAGUCAAGACACGCAAUUCCGCCUCGCGACGCUUGCAGAGAAGAAGCUGCGGCGGUUGUGCGGGAAGGCGUUCUGGGCAGGCCAUUUUGAUGGGGUUACGAAGGAGUAUCGGGAGUGUUCUGUAAGGAGUUGGGGGGUGGGGGUUGGAGGCGGAGAUGACGUGAGGGAUGUUGGGGAUGAGGAUUUACCUGGAUGGGUUCUUGGGAGGGUGAAGAGGACUGUUGAGGCUGAAGUGGGAUCAACUUCUGCGGACGCUGGUGGUGCGGAUGGGAAGAUUCAAUGGCUAGAUCCGCACAUUCUGGAAUUGGCAGAGAAUGGGGAGAUCAGGGCGCAUGUGGAUAAUGUCGAGGCCUCAGGCUCCAUCGUGACCGGUCUCUGCCUCCUCUCUCCCGCGGUCAUGAUCUUCCGCAAAGUAUCCGACUCAUCAACGUCCUUCACCGCUUUGAUGGAGCCAGGCACGCUCUAUGUCCAGCGCGACGCGUUGCGGUACGAUUAUACCCACGAGAUACCCGUCGACGGGCAGUUGAGGAUGUUUAGGGGCAGUCCUGUGCCGCGCGGGAGGAGGAUUUCUAUCAUGAUGCGGGACGCGUUGAAAGGAUGA